AUGAUCCGGAUUCGUCGUUAUCGUGCAUUUCUUAUUGUUGCGUCUUUGGCCAUCUUUACCAUAUAUCACCUGAGUCGAGUAAAUCACUGGGAUGGUUUAACGCUAGGUGCAGCCAUCGGCUUUCACCCAGAGGGUGGAAAGACAACGCCUCCGAACGUUGAAAUCCCUCCAGAUCCAGUACCCCUGCCGGAGGAACCUGUGCCCCCACUCGAACCUGUCAUCAGACCUGCACCGUCUCCCGCUCUGCCCACUGAGCCAAAGAAAUCGGGCGAUCAACUGGCUCCGGAACAUCCCAUACAAAGUUCCUCCAGGCCCGUUGCCCAUCCAGAUGCAAGACCGACCGUGACGGGUGAAGAGUUCCUGACGAAACAACCUGCACUAGUGGAUGACUUUGGUGAACGUGGACAGGGCCGGUUGGAGGUUCAACCUAGGCCAAAAGGGCAGCAAAACGCAUACUGGAAACAACAGAGGGAGAAUUUCCCAGUGCCUUCCCCAAGCCUCAUAAAUCUGCCUUCCGGACAACCAAAAGCUCUGCCACGUAUCCAGUUCAGCUUUGGUAAAGAGUCCUCAACCCAAAAAACUGAGAGACUGCGGAGACAGACCACAGUGCGGGAGUCGUUCAAGCAUGCCUGGCAUGGCUACAAAAAUCUAUCACUUCCUCACGAUGAGUUGAAGCCAAUAUCAAAAGGAGCGGGAGAUCCGUUCAACGGAUGGGGCGCUACACUUGUCGAUUCGUUGGAUACAUUGUGGAUCAUGGGGCUCCAUGACGAAUUUGAGGAAGCCGUCGGCCUCGUGAAGAACAUCGAUUUUAAAACCACUACACGAAAGGACAUUCCUCUGUUUGAGACCACCAUCCGUUAUCUGGGAGGCCUCAUUGCAGCGUAUGAUGUAAGCAAGGCCAAGCACAAGGUUCUCCUAGACAAGGCCGUCGAGCUAGCGGAUGUUCUCAUGGGAGCAUUUGACACGCCGAACAGAAUGCCUAUUGGGUAUUACAACUGGGCCCCAUCCUAUGCGUCACAACCACACCGAGCAAGCACACACAUGGUUUUGGCAGAACUUGGAUCUCUAUCUGUCGAGUUCACACGACUGGCUCAAAUAACCAGAGAGGUGAAGUAUUAUGAUGCUGUGGCGAGGAUAACAGAUGCCCUCGAAAAAUGGCAAUUGAAAACAACUCUUCCUGGCCUCUGGCCGCUGAAGCUUGAUGCUUCGGGUUGCAAGAAGUCUGAAGUGGUUCGGGAAGCUAGACCUGAGAAAGAAUCCUCAUUGCACCCGACCGAGAACAACGAGGAAGUGGAAUCCCCUGGCUCUGACGAUAGUGGUUCCAAAUCCGAUUUGGAAAGUUCUCCGUUACCGAAGAGGCAAGUACGGGGACCGCCACGGCCAGUGCCAGACCUCACCCGGGAGGGUGAGGAGGGCAAGAAGGAUGAUAAGCAGGAAGAGAAGAACCAAGAAGAAUCACAUGAUGGGGCUGAUACAAAAAAGGUAGUGGUUCCAGAAUGGGCAGAGGAAUUCGACAACAUCGACUGCGAGCCACAAGGACUCAACACCGAGCCACACGCUACCAGUCACAAUUAUGGGAUCGGGGCCAUGGCUGAUUCCACUUACGAAUAUUUCCCCAAACAAUACGCAUUGUUGGGAGGACUCAACAAUCAAUAUCGGAGAAUGUAUCUGGAUGCGAUCGAGGUUGUAAGAACUGAGCUCCUUUACAGACCCAUGACCAAGGACAACCAAGAUAUCCUGUUUGCGGCGAAACAAAUAAUCUCUCCUAAAGAGAAGGAGGCGUCCAAGCGCAGAGUCAACAAAUUUGAGGGAACCCAUCUUGGUUGUUUCGCAGGGGGGAUGUUUGCUUUGGGAUCUAAAAUUUUUGACAUACCUAAUGACAUGGCCAUUGCGGAGAAGUUGACGAAUGGAUGUGUUUGGGCUUAUGGGUCUACCCCUGUGGGAGUAAUGGCAGAGGAGUUCGAGCUCGUUCCAUGUGACAGCCUUACUUCCUGCGAGUGGGAUGAAGCCAAAUGGCACAAGGCGUUGGACCCGCAAUUGAAGGAAAGGUUUCAAGCAGUGGAAUUAUACAACAUGCAACAACAAAUUUUGCACGAAGCGGCCAUUGCGAAUGCUGACAGGGCAUGGGGAGAUGAGGACGACGAUACAAAUCUGGUCAUCUCCGACCCAAGCUCCAAGAGAAAGCGUGAUCUCGAGUCUAGAAUCGAUGAUGAUUCAAUACCAAUCGAAUCAACCAAUUCUACAGAGCUGGAACAUGAGCUGGUGGCCGUGGUACAGCCAUUUGUGCCCAAAGUGCCGCUGUCCCAUGAAAAGUAUGUAGCAGCAAGAAUAUCUGAGGAACGAUUGCCACCAGGAUAUACAAAGAUCAAAGCUCGGGACUAUCGGCUUCGACCUGAAGCGAUCGAGUCGGUUUUCAUCAUGUAUCGAAUGACGGGCGAUGAGUCCUGGCGCGAGAAGGGAUGGAAGAUGUUCAGUGCAGUUGACCGCGCAACCAAGACUGACGUUGCACAUGCAGCGGUUAAGGAUGUGACGAGUCAGCUCAUGGAGCAGGAUGACACGAUGGAGUCGUUUUGGCUAGCCGAAACCCUGAAGUACUACUAUCUAUUGUUCAGCGAUCCCGGCCUGAUCAGUCUGGACGAGUAUGUUCUGAAUACCGAGGCGCAUCCGUUCAAGCGACCGCAAUGA